AAUUCCAGGAGAGCUUCUCCCGGCCCCUCCGCCGCCCCAGGCCCCGGGCCAGGCCCCACAGCCCCCGGCCGCGGCUCCUCGUUCUGGGGAAGACCUGCCCCUGGAAUGGUUAAUCUGCGACUCUGCUGACAGCCAAUCACAGAGCCCUGCUGGGACUACCUGGGAGAGAGCCCGCGCCUAGCCCCAGUCUGGCCCCAGGCAGCCCUGUCUGCCCGCAGCCGCCCCCGCCCGCUCCCCGGCUGAGGCUUCGGCAUGGCCGUCCGGACCCCGCAGACGCCAGGGCUGCUGCUGGCGGUGCUGGCGGUGACCUUGGCGGCAGCCACGCCCGCUCACCUGCCGCCUUCGAGGUCCUGGGCCCUGGGCGCUCUGGACCGCGUGGCCCUGGGCGGCCUGUUAAAUAGGCUUGCGGCCCGUGCGCACUGCAACGAGGGGCCGUGUGGAAAGUGCCUGUCUGUGGAAGACCUCCUGGCCCUGGGCCGGCCCAAGGGGCCGCGGCCGACCCCGGAGUCGGUCCUGGAGCCGGAGCACGUCCCCCGCCUCAGUGCGGCCGCCGCCCUCUACCUCAGCGACCCCGAGGGCACCUGCCAGGACGUCCGGGCUGGCCGCUGGGCCUCCCGAGCAGACAGCCUUCUGGCCCUGCUCGCGGGCCCUGAGGGCCUGGCCCCAGGCCUGAGCCGGCUGCUGCGGAGGAUUCAGGCCCGGUCCGCCGGCUGGCCCUCCGCAGAGGAGGCCUGCGUGGACCUGCCUGGGCUGCUGGACCAGGCGGCGGGGGCGGGGGCUCCGGGCAGCCCCGGCCCAGUGCUGGCCGUGCUGCUGGACCACCUCCAAAAUGGGUCCUGCGUCCACGCCCUGCCCAGCCCCCAGUACUUUGUGGACUACGUGUUCCGGCAGCACCGAGGGGACUCUCCCAACAUCACGCUGGACGAGCUGGCGGCCCUGAUGCAGCAGCUGGGGGUGGGUGGCUCGGCCGCGAGACACGGGGACCACGGCGACCACGGCGACGACCACGACCACCGUCACCUGAGAAAGAGGGCCGCCGCGGCCCCGCCCAACAGCAGCAGCGCCAGCGUGUGGGACACAGUGUGCCUGAGUGCCAGGGACGUGCUGGCCGUGUACGGGCUGCCGGAGCAGGCUGGCGUGUCCCCGGAGGCCUGGGCCCUGCUGAGCCCCGCGCUGCUCCAGCAGCAGCUGAGCGGCGCCUGCAGCCCACAGCCCAGCGUCAGCGUCCAGGACCAGCUCAGCGAGGCAGAGAAGUACCUGUACGGCUCCCUGGCCACCCUGCUCAUCUGCCUCGCCUCGGUGUGCGGCCUCCUGCUCCUCCUCUGCUCCGCCUGCAGCGGGGUCACCCACUACGUCAUCCAGACCUUCCUGGGCCUGGCCGUGGGCGCGCUCACCGGAGACGCCUUCCUGCACUUGACGCCCAAGGUUCUGGGGCUGCACCAGCACAGCGGGCACAGUGAGUUCGGAGGGGCCGACCACGAAGACCACGGCGCGCAGCCCAUCUGGCGCCUCCUGGUGGCACUCGGGGGCCUGUACAUCUUCUUCCUGUUUGAGAAACUCUGUGACCUCCUGCUGCCCCAGGACCCCGAGGACCUGAAGGAGGAGUCCUGCGGCCACGGUGGCCGCCACGGCAGCCGCAGCCACGGCCACAGCCACGGCAUGUCUCUGCAGCUGGCGCCCCGGGAGCUCCACCAGCCCAAGCAGCCCCACGAGAGCUCCCGGGCAGACUUGGUGGUGGAGGAGAGCCCUGAACUGAGCCGCGGGGCCCGGAGGCUGAGUCCAGAGCUGAGGCUGCUGCCCUACAUGAUCACACUGGGCGACGGCCUGCACAACUUCGCCGACGGGCUGGCCUUGGGCGCCGCCUUCUCGUCCUCCUGGAAGACGGGGCUGGCCACCUCGCUGGCUGUGUUCUGCCACGAGGUGCCACAUGAGCUGGGGGACUUCGCGGCCCUGCUCCACGCCGGGCUGUCGGUGCCCCGGGCGCUGCUGCUGAACUUGGUCUCGGCGCUCACGGCCUUCGUGGGCCUCUACGUGGCGCUGGCGGUGGGCGUCGGCGAGGAGAGCGAGUCCUGGAUCCUGGCGGUGGCCAUCGGCCUCUUCCUCUACGUGGCGCUCUGCGACAUGCUCCCGGCCAUGCUAAGCAUCCGGGACCGGAGGCCCUGGCUGCUCUUCCUGCUGCACAACGUGGGCCUGCUGGGCGGCUGGGCCAUCCUGCUGCUGCUGUCGCUGUACGAGGACGACAUCGCCCUCUGAGCCUCCCGCUCUGCAGCCCGGAGCCUGGCUCCCGGCCCCAGUCUCAGCCUCUUGGACCACAGCUGGGCGCCUGGA